GUCUGAAUAUGUCUAAGAGAAUGCUGAAACAAUUGAUAAACUUUUUUGUUUGAUCUUAGCAGUACUGGAACCGCUGAUCAUCAAUCCAGAGACAUAUCCUCCAAUUCUAGUGAUGAUUAUCGAAGCCAAGUGCGAAAAGAAAUGAAAGAACAGUUGGAGCUUUCAAUUCAUAGGCGAGAGGAGCUUGAAAAUGAGAUUACGAUCAUUGGAGACAAAAUUGAAGCUAAAAAGCUUCUUAUUUCAGAUCUACAAAAGAAAUCUCAGGAACUAGAGGAUUCUUUGGCAAAUGCUAAGAAGGUCACUUCUCAGCAGCAGUCAAUGCUAAUGAAGCUGCAUAGUUGUUAUCUUCAAUCUCAAGACUUAGCUGACAGACUCAAGAGCUCUGAGCAAGAACUGCAGUCACUUGUUGAUGCUGCAACCUCUGAAGUCGAUGUGGGUAAGGAUGCCAAUGCAAGAGAUGGAUCAGUUUAUGCUAUUGAGAAGGUAUGACAUAUCCAACACAGUUGGGACAUUUUUGCCCGUCCUUUCUGAUUUGGGUUGUCUGUAAACUGUGACACUGAAGAUUGAUUAGUUUAAUCUGUGUUUUCUCUGUAUUUGUUACUAAAUAGCAAGUUCUGUACUCUUAACUAAAUAGUGACUUGUGUUCAAAACUAGAUUUUGUGAUA